AUGCUAAGAAAUAAUUCAGUAAUUAAAUAUCAAAAUCCAUUCCUGUCAGCUGAUUAUCUUAAUCCUAACUGUAAUCCUGUUUUUUUAGCUGUUUCCUUCAAUCAGCCAAAAAUUUGUCCGAAUGCAUCGUGGAACUCAACAGCUAUAACCAUUGCAAAUACUACUACGAUCGGCACAUAUCCUUAUAGCGUUUUUGUCAAUACAAAAAAUAAUGUCUAUGUAGCUAAUCGAGCAAAUAAUUUUGUCCUUGUGUGGUCAUCUGGAAGUACUGUGCCUAUAAGAAAUAUCUCGGGCGGUUUAAAUUCUCCAUCUGGUGUCUUCGGUACAGAUACUAAUGAUGUUUAUAUUGAUAAUGGAUAUUCAAAUAAUCGAGUUGACAAAUGGUCAGUUAAUUCAACAAGUAGCGUUCCAGAAAUGUACGUGUGUGGAAUGUGCUUUUACCUCUUCAUUGACAUCACUAAUAAUCUAUAUUGUUCGAUGAAUAAUGAUCAUCAAGUUAUCUCAAAAUCAUUGAACACACGUUUAAACAUCUGGAAUACUGUUGCGGGUACGGGUAUCGUUGGGUCAACGUCAGUUACACUUAAUACUCCUCGUGGAAUUUUUAUUGAUGUAAAUCUUAAUUUGUACGUAGCUGAUGCUUUCAACAACCGAAUUCAAAAGUUUUCACCGGGCCAAUCGAAUGGAACGACAAUAGCAGGAAGUGGUGCAAUAGGAACAAUUUCACUCUCUGUUCCCGGUGGAGUUAUACUUGAUGCUGAUGGUUAUCUUUUCAUUGUGGAUGGUUGGAAUCAUCGUAUUGUUGGUUCAGGUCCCUAUGGUUUUCGAUGUAUAGCGGCAUGUUCUGGAAGUGGUUCAACAUCUACUCAAUUAGCUUUCCCAUUAACUCUUAGCUUCGAUAGCUAUGGAAAUAUAUAUGUGGCUGAUCAAUACAAUCACAGAAUUCAAAAAUUUCUUCUAUCAACCAAUUCAUGUGCUGUUUCGUACAAUCAACCAAAAUUCAGUGCAUUUGCUUCUUGGGAUGGUAAUGCAAUAACAUUUGCAACCAGUGGUACAGUUGGUGCAUCUCCUUAUGGGCUUUUUGUCAGCACUAACAAUACUGUUUAUGUGGCCAAUCGAGCAAACAGUCGGGUUCAAAUAUGGUUAGAAGGAAGCAGUAUACCCACAAGGAAUAUCACCAAUGGUUUAUCGUAUCCAUACAGUAUCUUCGUUACAACUAAUGGUGAUAUUUAUGUCGAUAAUGGAGUUUCAUAUAAUCGUGUCGACAAGUGGACAUUAAAUGGAACAAGUAGUACAGCAAUGUAUGUCAAAGAGGAAUGUUAUGGUAUUUUUAUUGAUAUCCAUGAAAAUUGUUACUGUUCCAUGUAUAAUAUUCAUCAAGUUAUGACAAAAUCAAUGAAUAGUAAUUCAAACAUAUGGAUCGUAGCUGCAGGAACCGAUUGUUUUGGCUCAACAUCUAAUACACUUCAUAAUCCACGUGGAAUAUUUGUUGAUGCUGAUCUUAAUUUGUACGUAGCUGAUUGUGGAAAUGAUCGAAUACAACAGUUUCCCUCAGGACAAGUCACCGGAAUAACAGUAGCAGGUAGUACAGCAAUAGGAACAAUUACACUUAAUUGUCCUAGCGGAGUUGUACUUGAUGCUGAUGGAUAUCUUUUUAUUGUGGAUAGUUUAAAUAAUCGUAUUGUUGGAUCAGGUCCUAAUGGUUUUCGAUGUAUAGUUGGCUGUUCGACUGUCGCUGGUUCAUUAUCUAGUCAAUUAUCUAGUCCAUCGGAUCUUAAAUUUGAUAGCUAUGGAAACAUAUAUGUCACUGAUCAAAGUAAUAGUCGAAUACAAAAGUUUAUUUUAAUGCCAAAUACUACUUAUCAAGACACCUCUUCAACAGAACAACAUUCAUCGACAGUUACGAUUAUUACAACUUCGGAACCAUUUAUUACUAAUCAAACUUGCUUUUCACCAACUCUGACACUCGUUCCUGGGAAAUCAUCUUUAGCAUCUCCAUUACAAUAUCGACGAAGUCAAGAUUUUUCAAUUAUUUCUAUUCUUCAAUUCAAUUGUGGUGGUUCACUUUCAACAAUUAUUCAAUGGACAAUAAAGAAUUGUACUACUACUUCUUGUUUAUUUCAAAUUCAAUUAAGUGAAAAAGUUAUUACAACACUUAGUGAACUUUAUAUUCCAUCAAGAACUUUGGCUUAUGGAACUUAUGAACUAACAUUAACUGUAACAAUGGUUGAUUCACCCAUUUUAAAAUCCACAUCUUCUGCUUAUGUGAGAAUAACUGCAUCAGGUAUAACAGCAAAUCUUGUUCAGUUAGGAACAUCAAUGAUUACACGUGGAAAUCAACAAGAUCUUUUACUUGAUCCUGGAACAUUUUCUGUUGAUCCUGAUGAAGAUUCAUUUGAUGCUACUAAAUGGAAAUAUGAAUAUCAUUGUCGAAUAUAUGGUUUAUAUAACUUUCCCAAUUUGCAAGGUAUAUUAUUAUCAAUUGAUGAUUCAAGAAAUGAUCCAUUGAAUCCAACAUGUUUAUCAAAUCAAUCAGGUAAUGGAACAAGAUUGAUAUAUGGAAAUUCAACUUUGUCACCAAAAUCAUCCGUAAAAAUUCUUUCUGGUUCACUUCAAUCAAAUCGAACAUAUCAAUUUAUGGUUUAUAUGGAAAACCGUAAGAAUUCUUCUAUUCAAGCAACUGGUUAUGUACUUGUACGAGUUGAAGAUACUCGUCCACAAUUAAUUGCUAUUGGUUGUGUUAUAUCAACAAUGUGUGUUCCAAAUCUUGAAUUUCAACUUGUUAAUCCAUCAACACAAGUUGCUUUAUUUGCUAUUUGUGUUGGAAUUUGUACAAAUAUUAAAAAUAUACGAUGGAAUGUUUAUCAAGGUUCAGCAAAUUCAUCGGCAAAUAUUACUCUUUGGUUUUUAUUCAAUCAAAUGAUUUCAUAUGAAAAUAUUUGGUUUUUUGGUUCAAAUACAAGUAACUUCACAGCAACAAAUAAACUUUUUCGUGAUAAUCCUCAAAUAAAUCUUUGGCGAUUUGAAGUCGUUUAUACAUUUUCAUUCGAAACGAGUUCAAGUGCAUUGAAUUUUGUCAUUAAUCAAUCUCCAUACAAUGGUUCUUGUUCAAUUGAUCCUCGGAACGGUACGACAAGCACUUUAUUUACAGUUUCAUGUCCAAAUUGGUUUGAUGAAGAUGGAAUUAAAGAUUACUCAGUUUAUGUUUGGACAAAAGAUUCAUCACAAAGAGUAAUAAUGGCAUUUUCACCAGUAUCUGAUUUUCAAGUUCGCUUACUAACUGGAGAUAAUCAAACAUCAUUACUCAAUAUUGUUAUUUAUAUUCGAGAUUUUCUUGAUUGUAUCACAGAAGUCAAUAUGUCUUCUAUUAGUGUUAUAUCGGAUUCCGGAGGAAUAAAUGAUUUAAUUAAUAAUAUACAAAGCUCCUCAAAUGAAAUAACUAAUAAUCCAAUUGUUCAAUUACUUUAUAGUGGAAAUCAAAAUAUUGUUGGACAAAUCAUUACUUCACUUUCACAAUACUUUAAUCAAAUGAACACUGAAAGUGUAGAUGACGCUGUUUCAAAUGGUAUUCCAGCGACAAGUAUUUCAAUAUCACCAUUAGGAGGUGCAAGCUUCCAAACAACUUCAAUACCGUUGAAUGAAUCAGCUUUGAUUGAAUAUAAAAAAGAAUUAAAUUCUCAAGCAAAUGUUCGAGAUUAUUUGGUAGGAUUUAUAACUAAUCUUCUUAUUACAACAUCAAAUAGUAUUAAAUUACAAUCAUCUUCAUUAGCUCAAUUAACUCAAGCUACAAAUCAAUUAACACGAACUACUUUAACGAUUGCGUCAAAUAGAUGUUAUCAAUUAUCAGUUGCUUUACAUUCAAAGGCAACAAAAGUUUCAUAUGAAGAUGUUCAAACAGCAUCGAACCAACUUAUUCAAUGUGCUUCAAAUAUUUUAACCGGUGUAAAUGGACCAUUACAAGAAAGAACAAGUUUACUUGAUUUAGACUUAUCUCGUGCAAAUUCAUUCCCUACUGAUUAUGAUACAGAUCUUGAAUCUGAAUGGUCAAAUCUAAAUUUAUUUGCUGAUGGAAAUGAUUUUUCAAUUGAAACAAUUGAAAAGAAUCGAAAUGUUUAUUAUCAAAAACAAUUAGCAAAUCAAAUAAAAAAUCAAGUAAAUGAAAUAAUUGCAUUAUCAACUUCUGCAUUAAAUAUUCAUAUAAAUAUUGGUCAAAAUUUGACAAUAAAUACAUCUCAAACAUUUAUGUCAUUAGAAACACUAUCGAUUAAAUCACUUGAAAAUAAAAUUGUUAAACAAGUUGCAAAUGCUCACUUUGAUAUUCCAUCAAGUUUUACUUUGAAUACGACAAAUAUUUCUUCGAUUUCACUUCGAUCAAUGAUGGAACCACUUGCUUCCUAUGGAAAUUCCAAAACACAAUCAAAUACAAAUCUUUCAACCUCAAUUUCACUUUCAAUUCUUGAUCGAAAUGGAAAUCAAGUUUCUAUUCAAACAAGUGAAAAUUAUCCAAUUCGUAUAAUUAUUCCUCGUGAUCCAAAUGUGAUAAUUCCACCAAUGAAUUUACAAAAUGUCACAUCAAUUAAUUCAACUAUUCAUAAUUUAUUAUUUAAUUUCCAUUAUUUGAAUAUAACAAGUUCUCUUUCUAUUUCAAUUCAUAUAGAGAUGCAUCCUUUAAAUUCAAGUCUUGCUUAUUUAUUUAUUUAUAAAUUUGAUCAAACACCUCAAUUAAAUAGUUCGAUUAAUUCGAUUAAUAGCUGGACUCUCUUUUGUCCUUCAAAUUUGUCAAAUGAAAGUAUGUACACCUAUUUUAUUGAUAAUCAACAAACAUCUGCACAUCAAUCAUUAAUAUUUGGUUUACGAGAAUUAAAUUCAAAAGAAUUUAUUGAGUUUUGUUCAAAUAAAUCCUCAGUUAAUAAUCUUCCUGUUACAGAUGAAAAAUUUAAUUUUACAUCAAAUUACGAACUUCGUCUAUAUAUAUCAGGUUGUUAUUAUCUUGAUUUGAACAACAACUGGAAAUCAGAUGGAUUAAUAGUUGGUCCAUUAACAAAUCAUUAUGAAACUGAAUGUUUUUCAACUCAUUUAACAACAUUUGCUGGUGGUUUUAUUGUUUUACCAACGCCAAUUAAUUGGAGUUAUGUUUUUGCAAAUAAUGAUUUUAUGAAAAAUAAAACUGUUUAUUUAACGAUCAUUUGUGCCUCUGUUAUUUACAUAAUAUUGAUAAUUUAUGCGCGUUUUAAAGACAGAAAAGAUAUUGAAAAGUUGGGAGUAACACCAUUACAUGAUAAUCAAAAAUCAGAUCUAUAUUUUUAUCAAAUUCUUGUUUUUACUGGUCAACGAGCAAAUUCUGGAACAGAAUCAAAAUUUAUUUUAUCGGGUGAUAAUGAUGACACACAUGUUCGAACAUUUUCAGAUCCUCAUCGAAAGAUUUUCCAACGUGGUGGAAUUGAUGCAUUUAUUCUGUCUGUUCCAAAAUUAUUGGGAUUAUUAAAUUAUAUUCGUAUUUGGCAUGAUAAUUCAGGUCAAGGUUCAUCUGCAUCAUGGUUUUUGAAAUAUAUUAUUGUUCGAGAUUUACAAACAAUGGAAAAAUUUCAUUUUAUCGCACAACGUUGGUUUGCAGUUGACAAAGAUGAUGGACUUAUUGAACGAGUUUUACCAGUUGCUGGUGAAUUAGAAAAACACGAAUUUUCUUAUAUAUUAUCGAAGAAAACAUAUCAUAGUAUAUCUGACGGUCAUUUAUGGUUUUCAAUAUUCUUUCGUCCACCGUCAAAUAAAUUUACUCGCGUGCAACGAUGCACUUGUUGUUUUGUUUUAUUACUUCUGUCAAUGUUAAUUAAUAUGAUGUAUUAUGAUUUAUCAGCAGAAGCAAAAGCAUCAAAAGAGGAUAGCAGUUUAUCAAUUGGUCCUUUUUAUAUAAGUCGUGAACAGAUUGGAAUUGGUGUUAUGGUUGAAUUGUUGUCAUUAGUUCCAAGUCUUUUAAUUGUUCAAUUCUUUCGACGUAUUCGAUCUCGUCAACAAAUUUCAUCAUUACAUCAAGCAUUGUAUAAGAUUAAACCAUCUUUACAAAUUAAUGCAGAAAUUGUUCGUGUAACUAAGAAAAAACAAUGUGAAAUAACAUUUCCUUGGUGGUGUUUAUUUAUUGCUUAUGCUCUUUCGUUUCUAAUGAUUGCUGUUUCAAUUCUUUUUAUCAUUGCUCGAGGAAUUGAAUUUGGUGAUUUAAAAACGCAAAAAUGGUUAACAUCAAUUCUUACUGGAAUUUUUUCCUCGAUUCUUCUUACUCAACCUAUCAAAAUUGUAUGUUUGGCAAUAUUCUUUGCUUGUUUUUUUCGAAAUUCACAUGAUGAUAAAGAAGCAAGUCAAUUUAUAGAUGAGAAUCAGAUUGAUUUAGAUUAUGAUGAAGAAUAUCUUCAUUCAUUUGAGGGUGAUCUCUUAUUUCCUUCCCGAUCCUCAAAAACUAUAAAUCGUCUUAACGAAAGCGAAAUAGCUUAUGCUCGUGAACAACGUUUAAAAGAAAUCCAAAUGUGGUUAAUUAUUCAAGAAUUUGUCACUUAUUUGAUAUUUUUAAUAUUGAUUUGUGUAAUAACUUAUUCAAAUCGGGAACAAAAUAGUUUCUUUCAAGUUCAACAUUUACGAAAAUAUCUUUUGAAUACAAGACAAACCAAUUAUGAUUACACACAGAUUUCGACAAUAAAUGAAUAUUGGAAAUGGUUAGAAAAUAGUUUCGUUGAAAAUCUUCGUGCUCAGCAAUGGUAUAACGGUGAAAUUCCCCGAAAUUUGAAUGGAUAUCUAAAUGAUAAAUCUAAUCGAUUAAUCGGCUGGUCAAUAAUGAGACAAUUACGUAUAAAAUCAAAUUUCUGUUCUGAUCAACGUAUUAUUUCAACAUGUCACAAUGAUUAUAGUUUAUUUAAUGAAGAAAAACAAUCAUUUCAACCAGGAUGGAUUAAUCAAACAUCAACAACAGACGAACAAUAUAGUUCAUCAAUCAUCAAAGCAUUUAAAUAUUCCACCAGUGAAGAAUUAGAUACAUAUAUUUCAAUGGGUGAACAUGGGACAUAUAGUGGAAAUGGUUAUGUAUAUGAAUUUCGUGGUCGUUUGUCUGAUCUUCGAAGUAAUUUAUCCAAACUUCAUCAAUUAGGAUGGAUUGAUGAGCAAACAAGAGUGAUUUUUAUUCAAUUAACAUUAUAUAAUCCAAAUGUUCAAUUAUUUACUUCGGUUACUUUUCUUAUCGAAUUUUUAUCAACAGGUUCAAUAGCUCCAACAGCUCGUUUUGAGCCAAUUAAUUUCUACACAUUUACAUCAGUCUUACAAUUAAUUUCUACAAUUAUUUAUAUGGGUUUUAUCAUUUAUUUAAUGAUAAUCGAAAUUCGAUUAUUGUUUCGAUUAAAAUUAAAAUAUUUUCGUGGAUUUUGGUCAUGGAUUAACUUAGGAAUCAUUAGUUGUUCAUGGGGAAGUGUUGUAAUUUAUAUGUGGCGUUUUCAAGAAUUUAACCGUAUUAGUUCACUUUUCGAAGAAACGAAUGGAUAUGUUUAUGUUAAUUUGCAAUUUGCAGUUUAUGUCAAUGAUCUUUUAACAUUUCUUCUUAGUUUUUGUUGUUUUUUUGGAAUAAUUAAAUUCGUUCAUGUAAUUCGUUUUAAUCAACGUUUAUUAUUAUUUAUUCAAACACUUCAAUAUGCUGGCAAAGAACUUCUUUCAUUUUCAAUGAUGUUUUCAAUUGUAUUCGUGUCUUUUCUUUGGUUAUUUUAUUUAUCAUUUGUAUCAAGUAUUUCGUCGUGUUCAUCUGUAUUAGGAACUGCACAAAUGUUGUUUGAAAUGACAUUAAUGAAAUUUGAUACAGGUCAAUUAAUUGAAGCAAAUGCAUUUCUUGGUCCAUUUUUCUUUUUUCUCUUUAUCUUAUUGGUUGUAUUUGUUUGUUUGAGUAUGUUUCUUUCGAUUAUUAAUGAUAGUUUUCGUCGUGCACGAGAAAAUAGAUGUGAAGAUGAAGAGAUUUUAUCAUUUAUGGUAACGAAAUUUUUGCGUUGGACAGGUUUGAAAAAGGCAAGUGAGUCAGACAUUCAAGGAGAACGAGAUUCGCAAAUACGUUCACAAUACUUUGAUCCAAUUGAAAAUUUUCCUGAUAGAAUGGAUCAAUUAUGUGAGGCAAUCAAUAGACUUUACAUCAAUCAAAAAGCUGAACUAUCAAGAUUGAAAAAAACUGAAGUUUAG